UUGCCCUUAAAGGUUAGUUUAUGCGGGCGUAUCUGUUAAUAUUUUGUGGUCGAAAAUGACCUAACAAAUGUUACACUUUAGACCUGGUAUUGGAAGCCCACAAAUAUAUUUAAGACAUAUUCUUUUGUAAUCGAGUCGGAGAGAAAAUCGAUUGCAGUAUGGUAACCGUGAGGCCAUUUACUUGCUUAGACUUGUUGAAGUUUGGGAAUAUUAAUCUGGAUAUGUAUACGGAAACUUAUAGUAUCGGAUUUUAUCUGCAUUAUUUGGCAAAAUGGCCAGAGUAUAUGCGAGUCCUAGAAUCACCCACACUAACCUGUUUUGAAAGAAAUUCGACACGUCUUUCGGAUAUUUCACACACAGGUGAUUCACAAAACCCAUCUCCCAAGGUAUUAUCAAUACCGUCUACGUGUCAACGACUUAUGGGCUAUAUGAUGGCGAAGUCAGAAGGUCAUGGAGUGGACUGGCAUGGUCAUGUCACAGCGCUGUCGGUGGCUCCUGAGUAUCGUCGUUUGAGAUUAGCUACUCAACUAAUGCUAGAGUUAGAAGAAACUUCCGAACGGAAACGAUGUUACUUUGUUGAUCUAUUCGUACGUGCAUCUAACAAACUGGGCAUAGAUAUUUAUAGUAAAUUGGGAUAUAUUAUAUACCGCAGAGUCUUAAAUUACUACUGGGGUUCCGUUGAAGAUGAAGAUGCUUUCGAUGUAAAACUAGACGCUCACAGAUAUGCACCUCAGAAAUUCAGGAAAACUCGAUGCUGUUUUGGUUUAUGAAAUAAUUUCUGGGAUAAUCGGCAACUUCCUCACACUGUUAAAAUUAAGAUUUCAGGAUUACUCAGCCAAGCACAUAUCAAUUCGAAUCUAGAAUUUUGCGCUUUUAAUCGGUCUCAAAUUUAGUGUGCCUGUCCAAUAAGAUUGGGUUGUCCAACUCCUGAAUGUUAAGUUUUUGAGUUAUCAUUUCCACUAAAUGUCAACUUUAAAGCAAAUUAUUAACCAACUUUACAUAACUGUUUGGUGUUUGUGAACAUUCAUUUAAGUUUGAGUAAGUUUUCGUUACUUAUUUACAUCAUAUAUAUUUGUUCACUCAUUUACUUCUGUACUAUACUAAGUGGAACUAUCAGUUCCAUUAUUUCUUACUUUGGGAAACAAUGCAAAUCUAAUAUUAAAUAUAACGUAUAUUACAUACAAUUCAAAAACAAUGUUUUAAGUUAUCUGCUCAAUUUUCUUAGAUAUGAGAAAAGCACUUUCAGCGGAUGUGCUUAAACGAUCUGUCAUACCAAUGACGAGGCCUAUACGUCCAGAAGAAUUAGAACAUCCAUGAACAUACAGAUGAAGACUUGUUUAUUGGUUCUACAGUGUGGUUCUAUGUGUAACAUUAUUCAGUGGAUCCAAGUACUUGUACAUGUAUCUUUUGUAACAAUGAUAUCUUUUCUCUUCAACUGAAGUUUUGAGGGU